CGCUCCCCUCCGCUCGGUCUGGCUCACCAGCUGCGAGGCGGCAGAGCGACCGAGCCACCGCCUGGAAAAGCAGCAAAUCGAUCUCUCCAAGCAAGACUCACGUUCAGCACUCGUUCCUUGUCAGCACUUCGUUCUUUGCCAAGCAACUUCCUCUGUACGCUAAAAUGAGCGGUGGCCCACUGACGGGGCUGCUGAUUGCGCUGUGCGUAAGCGGCGCAGUCCACAGCUCGCCAAACAAGAGUAAAAGACAAACCGGCCAGUAUCAGGUGUAUCCUGACAUCCACGACGCCGCAGCCGACACUCCAGUGGGCUGUGAGGACAAUGGCCUCUCCUACAGACAGAACGAACAGUGGGAGAAGCCCUACCUCAACGGCGUGUUGGUGUGCACCUGUAACGGAGCAGGAGACAUCAAAUGUAAAAGCAAACCCGAAGUGGAGGAGACCUGUUAUGAUAAAUAUAAUGGUCAGACGUACCGUGUAGGUGAAACGUAUGAGAGAGCGAAGGAUGGGAUGAUGUGGGACUGCACCUGUAUUGGGUCCGGCCGGGGCAAGAUCAGCUGUACCAUCGCAAAUCGCUGCCAUGAAGGUGGGAGGUCAUACAAAAUUGGAGACACUUGGCAGAGGCCUCAUGAAACCGCUGACUACAUGCUGGAGUGCGUUUGUCUCGGGAACGGUAAAGGAGAGUGGACCUGCAAACCUGUGGCUGAGCGUUGCUAUGACAACAAUGCUGCGUCCUCUUAUGUUGUGGGGGAAACCUGGGAAAAACCCUACCAAGGCUGGAUGAUGCUGGACUGCACCUGUCUGGGCGAGGGCAAUGGACGCAUCACAUGCACCUCAAGAAAUCGCUGCAACGACAAGGAAACCAGGAGGUCCUACCGUAUUGGAGACAAGUGGACAAAGGCGGACCCCAACGGACACAUCCUGCAGUGCCUGUGUCUAGGAAAUGGACGGGGAGAGUGGAAGUGUGAAAGGCACAACGCGAACCGAGGUGAGACUCAGACUCUAGGCCUUCUGUACGACUGCAGCGCUGCUAUGCCACAUGAGUCUGUUUGGGGGCACACAGGCACAGGUGCUGUCAUGGUGACGCCCAUCAGCACCCAGCAGACGCACGCGGUCCUCACCGAGGGAACCUGCCGCACGGACUCCGGGGCCAACUACUAUGACGAGCAGCGCUGGGUCCGGAGCCAGGGCCACAAACAGAUGCUGUGUACCUGCUUGGGCAACGGCGUCAGCUGUCAGGAGUGGGAGGCGAGGAACCAGGUGUAUGGUGGGAACUCCGAUGGGCAGCCAUGUGUGUUUCCCUUCAUUUUCAUGGGGAAGACGUACUACUCCUGCACCUCGGACGGGCGCGCAGAUGGCCAGCUGUGGUGCUCGACCACCUCAGAUUACCAGACAGACCAGCAGUACUCCUUCUGUACCGAGAAGAAUGCCAUUGUUGCAACACGAGGUGGAAACUCCAACGGCGCCCUGUGUCACUUCCCCUUCCUCUACAGUGGCCGCAACUACACAGACUGCACCGUCGAUGGGCGCCGGGACAACAUGAGGUGGUGCGCUACCACGUACAACUAUGAUGCUGACCAGCGCUUUGGAUUCUGCCCCAUGGCUGCACAUGAGGAGGUGUGCUCCACCAAUGAUGGAGCAAUGCACCGUGUAGGCGACAAGUGGGAUAAGAGCCAUGAAGUCCUGGGUCACCUGAUGCAGUGCACAUGUCUGGGCAACGGCCGUGGGGAGUGGAACUGUGUCGCCUACUCUCAGCUGCGAGAUCAGUGCAUCGUCGAUGGCCUGACCUACGAAGUGAACCAGGAAUUCUCCAAGCGCCACAACGAGGGCUACAUGAUGAACUGCACCUGCUACGGACAAGGCCGUGGACGCUGGAAGUGCGACGCCGUGGAUCAGUGUCAGGAGCCGCAAACGAGGGCGUUCUACCAGAUCGGAGAGGCGUGGGACAAAAGCAUCCACGGCAUCCACUACCGCUGCUACUGCUACGGCAACGGCAUCGGCGAGUUGAGAUGUGAACCUCAGCAGACGUACCAAGAUGGCCGGAGACCUGUCCAGGUGAUCAUCACAGAGGCAGGGAAGCAGCCGGACUCCCACCCCAUUCAGUGGAACCCGCCGUCCUCCGUCCACAUCACCCAGUACAUCCUCAAAUGGAGACUUAAAAACUCUCAAGUGCCUUGGAGAGAGGUCAUCAUCCCUGGCCACAUGAACUCUUACACCAUCAGUGGGCUCCGUCCAGGCGUCACCUACGAGGGUCAGCUCAUUAGUAUCCUCCGCUACGGGCGCCGCGAGGUCACGCGCUUCGACUUCACCACGACCCACGGCUCCUUGGAAACAUCAGAGGGAGAAACGGUCAUGCCUCCUCCGGUGGUGGACACCUCUGAGUCUGUGACUGAAAUAACCUCUAACAGCUUCGUUGUGUCCUGGACGUCGGCGUCUUCCACAAUCUCUGGCUUCAGGGUGGAGUAUGAGCUCAGUGAGGAGGGAGCCAAGAGAAAGGCUCUGGAUGUUUCUCGCUCAGCCUCAUCUGUCACCAUCACGGAUCUUCUGCCAGGACGCAGAUACAACGUCAACGUGUACGAGCUGCCCAAUGAAGGAGAGCCAAACCUGAUCCUGACCACCUCACAGACUACAGCCCCUGACACCCCCUCUAGGCACAUUGUGGAUGAAGUGGGAGAGACCUCCAUCAGAAUUAGCUGGUCCAAACCUCAGGCUCCUAUUACUGGCUACCGUGUGGUGUACACUCCGUCAGUGGAAGGCAGCAGCACCGAGCUGACCCUGCCACAAUCAGAGACGUCCGUGACACUGUACGACCUCCUCCCUGGACUGCUCUAUAACGUCAGCAUCUAUGCAGUGGAGGAGGACCAGGAGAGUGAGCCUGUAUUUGUGCAGGUCAACACAGCCGGAUCCCCUCAGCCUGAGGAGGUCCAGGCCCCCACAAACCUCCGGUUCCAUGAGGUUUCAGAUGUGAAGAUCACCAUAACUUGGAGCAGUCCACCCGGUGAUGUGACUGGUUACCGGGUGUCCUACUCCCCUGUUGGUUCCGAUGGCAGUGAUAUGAGGGUCCUGCAUCUGCCCACCUCACCGAACACAUACGCUGAUGUUACCCAUUUGCAACCAGGCACCCUUUACCGCUUCUACGUCUACGCCACUAACAGUGGAGUGGAGAGUGAGCCGCUUGUGGGAGAAAAGUCUUCAAAACCUGAUUCCCCGGCCAAUGUCCAGUUCACUGACAUUGGCCACAACAGUGCACUGAUCAUCUGGGAAGCUCCCCGUGCCGUUGUCACCGGCUACCGCCUCUACCUGAGCACUGCCGGCUCCAGCCCCAUUGAGAAGAGGAUCCCAGGUGCGGUCACGCAGUACCCACUGAAGAACCUACGCCCCGACACUCAGUACAUUGCUAAGCUGCACUCUGACCUGGACAAUGAGCUCAGCGAAGGCGUCACUGCGUAUUUUACUACCGCUCCCCAGAUGGGAAAUGCUCCUGCAUUCAGCACUGAGGUCUUGGAUACCUCUAUCAUUAUCACCUGGAUACCUGUCCGCAGGUUCAGCUACAAGCUGUCUGUGCUGCCCAGUCAGGAAGGCGAGUCUCCCAGAGAAGCGACCUCUGACACUGGACGCGUUUACAUUUCCGACCUGAUUCCUGGAACUCAGUACACCUACAGUGUUCAGCCCAUCUUUAACGGGCGCAACCGCGGCAACGCCAUCACACGUGCUGUUGUUACUUCUCUGUCUCCUCCCACUGACCUCAGAGUUGAGUCCAACCCCAACACUGGAGAUCUCACUGUACACUGGGUAGCCUCCAGAACACCAGGCAUCACAAGAUACAGGGUGACCAGCACACCAACCAACGGCCAGCGUGGAAACUCCCUGGAAGAGUUUGUUCGAGCCGAUCAAACCACAGUUCUCCUGGAGAACCUUAAUCUGGGGGUGGAGUACAACAUCAGCGUCUUCAGUACUAAGGGCAAUGUUGAAAGUGUGCCUGUUUCCACUAUCAUCACACCAGACAUCCCUACACCAAGUCACAUUGACUUUGUCAACAUUACUGACACCACCAUUGGCCUGCGCUGGAUCCUUCUAAGCUCUGCCGCCGGUACAGCCUACCGGAUAACGUUAAUAGCGUCAGGCGAGAGCUUGCCAAUUUUUCAAGAUAUGGUGGAAGCGUCUGCUGGUUAUUACACGAUUCAUGGUCUGGAGCCAGGCGUGGACUAUGACAUCAGUAUCAUCACUGUUACAGAAGACGGGGAAAGCAAGCCAACCACAUACACAAAGCAAACACGAGCUGUCGUUCCAGCCCCCACCAACUUGCGGUUUGCAGGGGUGGGUCCCGACCACAUUCGGGUGACGUGGAAUGUUCCCCGUGUUGCCACACCAAGUGACAUCUCUCGGUUUGUCAUCCGUUACCACCCAGUAGCCACGGACGAUGACAUUAAGGAAGUUAAUGUUGGUGGAGCCAGCAACACCUUUCUGCUGCAGAACCUGUUGCCUAACACAGAGUAUCGUAUCAGUGUUGUGUGUGUGUAUGGUGAAAGAGAAAGUGGACCAGCCACUGGGACUCAGAAGACAACUUUGGACAGUCCCACGGGUUUGGACUUCUCUGACAUUCAGACCAACUCCUUUACUGUUCACUGGCUGGCACCAAUGGCUGCCAUUACUGGCUACCGCAUCCAGUAUCAGAAGACGAGCGGUGGACGGGCCAAGGAUGAACGGCUGCCCCCAACCAGGACCCACUUCACUUUGACCGGACUGACACCAGAGACAGAGUAUCUGAUAUACGUAUAUGCUGUCAGUCACAAACAGGAGAGCCAGCCUCUGACGGGCACACAGGCCACCAUCUCUAAUGCUCCCACUGAUCUUGAGGUGACCGUGUCCACCCCUACCAGCAUCACCAUUCGCUGGGAUGCCCCUUCUGUCACAGUGAAGAAUUACAGGAUCACCUACUCCGGGACAGGUGGUCAGACUCCGCAAGAAUUUACAAUUCCAGGCUCUCAAACCACCGCCACCAUCAACGGCCUAAAGCCUGGUACAGACUACACGAUCACGGUAUAUGCUGUGACUGGACGAGGAGACAGCCCUGCGUCCAGCACCCCGGUCUACGUUACACACAAGACUGAUAUCGAGGCUCCCACUGACAUGAAAGUGACUGACGUGAGUGACAAUACCAUCAAAGUGCGAUGGUCCCCUGCUCAGGGGCCGAUCGGAGGCUACAGAGUCACCAGUGUUCCCAAGAACGGUCCAGGACCCUCCUACUCUGAGGUUGUGGGCCCUGAUCAGACAGAGGUCACGUUCAGAGGUCUGAUGCCCACUGUUGAGUAUGUUGUGAGCGUUUAUGCCCUAGGCAGCGAUGGUCAACCCUCUUCCCCUGCGGUGGAGGAUGCUAUUACUGCCAUGGAUCGGCCCAAGGACCUGUCCUUCUCUGACAUCCAGUCCACCUCCAUGCGGAUCAGCUGGGACAGCCCAGAUGGCGCAGUGACAUCAUACCGCAUUCUGUACUCCAGCUCAGAGGAGGGUGAGCGUGAGUUGCGUGCAGCAGGAAACCAGGACACCAUGUUGCUACGAGGCCUGCAACCUGGGACAGAGUACACAGUGAAAGUCAUUGCCCUCCAUGACCGCACACCUAGCACGCCGCUAGUGGGAACCCAGGCCACAGUAAUCCCACCUCCUAUGAACCUGGUGAUCUCAGAGGUCGGUCCCUCUGAAUUCACACUGUCAUGGCGAGCCCCUAAUGCGCGCCUGACAGGCUACCGGGUCAAUGUGAUUCCCAAGAACAUCAACGGCCCCACCAAAGAGAUAAAUGUUGCACCAGAUACCACACGUGUUCUUGUAUCAGGGCUCAUGGUGGCAACCACAUACGAGGUGCAUGUCUAUGCUCUGAAGAAUUCUGUCUCUAGCAGACCACUGGAUGGAGAGGCAGCCACGUUGGAAGGCAUAAGUCCACCUCGACGCUUGCGCGUCUCUGAUGUAAAGGAUAAUUCGUGUACACUGACUUGGCGCAACAAGCUGGAACCCAUGACUGGCUUUCUGGUUGAGGCCAUCCCAUAUGAUCGCUCCCAACCCUCCAUCAGCAGGAGAAUCCCAGCUAACACAGAAACAUACACUCUCACAGGACUGCAGCCACACACCAUGUACACGAUUCACCUGUACACUCUGAACGGCAACGCGAAGAGUUCACCUUUUACUAUCACCACUCAAACAGCUGAACCAGUGGUCCAAGCUCCCACCAACCUCAGGUUCACUUCUGUCACCCCCACCUCCGUUUCCUUCACCUGGCAGCCACCUCCCACGCAAAUCACAGGAUACUACGUCACGUACGAGGAGUCGGGAGGAUCUCGACCCCAGGAGCUCAUCCCACGACCCCAUGCCGGCCAAAACUAUGCCACCAUAUCUGGCCUGAGACCAGCCAAAACCUAUAUCAUCAAGAUCGUUGCGAUCCAGAACACACAGAAGAGUACACCUCUGGUGGGCACAAUCAAGACUCAAACAGAAUCCCCGCUUCCCCUGCCCCUGCCCCCACGCUCCGGAGGUUCUGACAAGCUCGAUGUGCCUGACUUGGACAACACAGUCCAAGUAGGGGGCACCAAUGACCAGGAGAGGCUUGGUGGUCAUAGCCAGCAUGUGGAGUACACAGAGUACAACAACAACGGCGGUGGCACCCCCAGAGACAAUGGAAACAAUGGCAACACACAGUAUCCCUAUGGGCAAUUCCGUGAGCCUCUGGUGAUUGUGUCCCUUCCUGAUGCAGAGGGUCGCAGAAAACCCAUUGUGAAGUUGAACUUGCCCGUCGGCUCCACAUUCAGCAAUGAGACGCUGCCACAGGAGGCACAAACUCAAACUACAGUCACAUGGAAGCCGUCCAGGCAGAGCAACGGCUACCUGGUGUCCUGCCACCCUAUAACACAAGUCAAUGAGAAGAUGUUCCAGGUCCAACUGCCAGGCACAGCCACCACUGCUACCUUAAUAGGACUCACCCCUGGAGCAAAUUAUAAUGUUAUCGUGGAGGCUCUGCUGGGGGCUCUGAAACACAAGGUUCUGGAGCAGGUUGUCACUGUGGGAAACACAGUUCCAGAGGGAGUUCCUGCCUCUAAGGACUCGUGUUAUGAUGCCUUUACCGCCACCCAUCAUGAAGUGGGUGCUGAGUGGGAGCGGAUGUCUGAAACAGGUUUCAAGCUGUGGUGCAGGUGCUUGGGUCUGGGCAGCGGUCACUUCAGAUGCGAUUCAUCUAAAUGGUGCUUUGACAAUGGUGUCAACUACCGUAUGGGGGAGAAGUGGACCCGUCGUGGAGAGAACGGUCACUUGAUGAGCUGCACAUGUUUAGGAAAUGGCAAAGGAGAGUUCAAAUGUGAACCACAUGAAUCAGUGUGCUACGAUGAUGGUAAGGCCUACCAGGUGGGCAACCAGUGGCAGAAGGAGUACCUGGGUGCCAUCUGUACCUGCACAUGCUUUGGAGGACAACAGGGAUGGCGAUGUGAGAACUGCCGCAGACCAGGUACUGAUGUAGAUGCCAGUGUGCUGCAGCCCGUUAGAUAUGGAGACAGAACACACAAAUUGAAUAUUCACUGCCCCAUUGAGUGCCUACGACCCGAUUUGCUAGCAGACGCACAUGCUCCUCAAAAUCCUCGGGAAUAAUGGAGUUGUUAUCCAACAUCUGCUUUGCACAAUCACCAACUAAUGGCUGCACUGUCCCACCCUGCAUUCAGACGCUGUCUGUGACUCAACUUGCUGCCUUAUCACCUUCUGACAUGUCUUAGUAAACAUGUUAUGCUACCUGUUUAAUCAUGAUCUUGCCUCAGUCUUUUCACUGUUGAUUGUGUCUAAUUUCAUGACAACUUAGGCUCCUACCAAUGAAUUUCUUUUAACGUUCACAAAAUAUACUUCUGGCAGUGGUUUCAUUUGAACAUCCAAAAUCAUUUUAAUAUAAGCACUGUGUUAAUAAAUGUCAAUGUAUUACAUUAUUUCACGUGAUCAAGAAUAUGCAUUUCCAUUUCCUGUAGCCCCUCUUGUUACCAAGGGGUCGCACUGUGUGUGAUUGACAUUCUGAAUUCUGCCUUUUUUUCUAAUUUAUCUCUUUAAUCACAACAUGUGAAUGUGUGAACUGGGAUAUGAGAGUUUGAACUAUUUUUGUACAUUGUUGUUGUCAGUUCCAAAGUUGUUUCUACCAUAGGAAAAUAAAAUCCCUUAUUUUAAUAAAGCUGGAGAGAUCUCAAAACCUAAACACAA